CCAGACUAUACAUUUGUAAACACGCGCCACCUGUGAAUUAUAUGAGGAGCAAAUUGGAACGUCUACAGAUUUUUUCAGAAAGUUAGUUUUUGGCCACUAAAUUGGAUCUGAAAUGGAGCAAGCUGUAUUCGAGUUAAUUGAUCGACACCAGAGUUUCGAGGCACUUUUGAAAGAGGCCAGCGAUGAGGUUGAUUGUGCUGAGACAAAUAUCCAAGCCUCUCAAGAAAUGCCAAGUUUGGCCAAGGCCACGGCUUCUUGCCAGAAAAGUUUAAAUUUGUCAAUUGACGCCUGCUUGUCCUGCAUCCGAGUAAAAUCUCACAUCUCAGGAACGCCAAUAACUACAGUUGCUGCACUGGAAUGCGCAAAGCAGCUGUGUCACUUACUGCAGGAAGUUCCACAUACCAAAAGCGACGAAAAGAAGAGGAAUACCCAAUGCCUGAUUGAGGUCUUAAGGAGCUUGGCUAGUCAACAACUUCUCAACAGGACUCUGUUCAUCCAGCAGCUCAGCUCUAAGGUGGAAGCCUUGCCAUUGGAGUUGCUAUGGCAACUGCACAGCUGUUCAGCCGUCUCAUUGGACAGUUAUCUGGAGUGCAGCUUGGCACGCCCAGCCGUAUUGCAGAAUUUUGGCGAAAACUUGUCUGCGUUUUGUUUAAGGGCAGACGGGUCUGAUGAAGAAAGCGUCAAAAUCAAGAGAGGCGUUCUUGAGGUUCUGCUAAGAUGUGGCUAUUCUAAAUCUGAGGAAGGGUAUGAUAUAGAUCAAAGACUGGCCACAGCAUGUCAGGAUAUUCUGGACCGGAUUGUGUUGGAUUUACUCAAAGUUCAGAACCAGACUAGCGACAGUGCACCUAGUGACCAUGUCGCUAAGUUAUUUGAGAUGAUCCGAUGCAACCCGAGUAUAGACAAAGAUGCUAUCUCCAGAUUCUCCAAACGGCAACUGCAGAGCCUUCUGUCCGGGUGUUCAAACUGUGAAGUAACAACAGCUAUAACUAAACAACAUGACCACUGGACCUACACCAAGGCACCGUCGAGUCACACCAAGAUGUUUAUUCAGUUGUUGUUGACUGUCCAUGAGAAACAGAUAUGCUCGGUGCUACAAGAAGUAUUGGAAAGUAAAAAGAUAAAUUGGCAACUCACGCUGAUUCUUGUGUCUGUCUUCUGCGUGUGUUUCCGACAAGGCGCAGCGCUUAUCAAAGGUCUGGUUGCAAAUCUGUUGAGGGAAUCGCUGGAGAGUUUUCGGCCGCUGCUUUUGCACGCCGCGUUCCUAUUGGCCAGACAAGCUGCUGCAGAGGGGUCAUGUGACUUUCCAUCGUACACUCAGUGGUUUAAGGAUCAAUUCGGCACAGCGUCUGGCCCCCACCUCACAUCAAGUAAAGCCUUCACAUUUUUUAUGGAAUUCCUGAAUAGUCUGGUGCCACACGAGCCUGUUCAUUGCUUAAAGGCCCACGUUCAGCACCCCCCGUACACAACCUCCAAAAGUCGAGACGUUCUUUUGGACUACGUAGCCCUGGCCAAGACAAGACUAGCCGACUUCAAGGAAAGUUGGCAGACGAGUGAUAUUGCAGGGGCGAGUACUAGUGGUAAAGCUCAGACAGGGAACCAGUCAGCGAUGGAGGCCGUUGAGAUUGCUGUGACGCACUACGAGAAAACGGGACGUAUACAGGACAGAGUACUACAAGCGAGUAUUUUCAGGAGGCCAUAUUACAUAGGACAGUUCCUUCCUGCACUUUUAACGCCAAGAAUGUUGCCCGACAUUCCUGACAGUAAGAUGAAAUUCAUCGAGGCUUUGAAAAGGGAUGAGAAAGUACCUUUACCAAUGUAUAACAAGUACACAGAGGCUUGUGCCACUGAGCUAGCAGCAAUCUUAGAAGGUGUUUCUUCAGAGGACAUGAACGAAAUGGUGACGGCGCCCAUAGAUCGCCUACAAGACUGCUUAGACUCACUCCCUCAAAACGUAAUCAAGGAAUCAACGCAAGCCUCACAUUACGCAGAUGUAUCUGGCUACAUAUCGCUCAUCUCAAGGAGAGUCAGUGCUGUUCUUGAGGACCUCAAUAUUUUGCCUGCCGACAUGCACAGCACAGAGGGCGCUAGCACCAUUCUCUUGGACAUCGGCAGUGGGAGCUCCAUCGAGCCAACCAUUAUGCAGGUGACAGAUAUGUUACUUGGUUGUUUCUGCAAGACCCACAUGGUGACGGCGAAGGACGGUCUCUCGUGUGCUGCCCUCGUUGAGUGUUUCACCUCAAUGCUUGCCACCCAGGGGGCUCUGCAUCUCCCCUUGUAUCACAGGUUGUUUACCCUCAUCUGUCACCAGGGGAAAACUUUAGCUGAAGACCACAUCAAAAGCCUAGCUAGCCUCCUACUACAUAUGAAUGCCCUGGGAGAGAGGUUGCCACCCGUCAAGCUUCAGACUCACAGCACGCAUGGUCAGAAGCAGCAGCAGGAUGGGGAACCAGACCAAAUGUCUCUGCUCAACCUCGUAUCCAAGAACCUGCAGCUGCACACUGGUGACGCGAUGAAACUCACACUUAAAUUCUGUGAUGCAGUUUUCACAUAUGCUUCAGAUCUGCCUGAAAGCAGACAAAGUCAGGUUAUUCCACAAGUGCUGAAGCAAAAAUGCAGCUACCUUCGGCCAAGAUUGGAUCCAGCCUAUCGUCCGGAAUUCGCUCUGGCUUCAAGACAAUCAACUUGUUUCUCACCUUCCAGUAGUCAGACGACAGUGUCAGUGGAUAGGUCUACCGAAGGAGCAACGAAGCUGCUGUCAAGCCAAGAUCAGAUGACGUUUAAGGAGUGGUUACGUCAAGAGCUGAGGGUUCAUUUGUGUCAAGACUGCCUCAACCAAACCCAACGAAAGAAGUACCAUCACUGGGCCCUAUACUCACUUUACCUUCCGCAACACAGGCAACCCUCUUCUCCGGAAAACACCAGGACUGCUUACAAGCGGGUCAGCACGGACAUACUCCACGCACUGCUGGAUAGGUACGCGGAACCCGCAGUGACGACUAGCGAAUGCUGCCCUCAUGAGGCCAAACCAUGCCAGUCAUGCGGAUGUUCCAGCUCUUGCCAAGAAAUUCUACAACUCUUACAGGAGCUACUGUCAGUCUGGUCCCCUGCCAUGCCGCACUCGACACCACCCAUAGCAUCAGACUGUCCCUGGCUACUUGCCGAGUUUGGAGCCAGACUUGAGAAAUUAUCCAAAGCCGGGACAGGGAGCGAAGUUGACCAGAAGCUUGAGUUAGCGGUGGGAUUGGAAGUUUCUAACCAGAUUAUGUUAUCCCACAGCCUGCCACCAUACCUCCUGCUAACAGAUAACCUACACAACCCCCCUAAACCACCAGGCCUCAACCCCUUGAUCGACUACGUCAACGUACAACUGCGUGAGCAUGCACAGGAAGAAUUUGGCAUUCUAAGUUACGAGAUAGUGGCAGUCAUAUUGCAGGGUGUUUUGCAAUUGUUCACUCACACGGUGCAGACAGAGCCUACAAGACUAAACAACGUGGCGGCAAUCGUAGACCGAUUACUCCAAGAAUGUCCCAUCUUUACUCUCUCGGUCCUUAGUCACUGGGAGAUGCUGAACCCUGUGAUUGGUCAACUGAACGCGACGAGUUCCAAUCAGCCGCGCCUCCUGGCGUCGCUGAACCAACUACACAAGCUGGUCCACUCAAUCUGCAGGACAGAUUCGCAAACGUGCUACAUGUCACCGGACAGAAUCCAGGCAAACACGUGCAUAAUUGUGGUUGUCAGCUCUAUGCUUCAACUUGUUCAGAGAACCGACUCAUUUGAAGAUCUUGCCAACUUUGAAGUUAAGCUCUAUCAGAAGUUAGGGGAAACUUUCAAAAAGGAUGAUAUAAGACGCUCGCUGUUUGAGUAUCACGUCGCUCAGUCAGCCUGGCUCAUGAUUACUUGCCCAACUCACACCUCUAGGAUUGAGGCCCAUUGUCAGGCAGCUGGAUUAGUCCUGAAGGAACAGCCGCAUUGUCUCAUGGACUGCACAGGGUUAACCAUGUUGAGAAGAGACGUCCUACAGAAGUCGGUUACGAGUCUGUACUCUGUGGUCUGUUUCAGGAUCCUCGACAGUUAUUUCUGUCUGGGCGUACAGCAGCAAGCCACUAAUGAUCACCAGCUAUUUGCCACCAUUGUACAGUUGUACACUUCCCUGGUACACCUGCACUGCCAAGCCAACCAGCCAAUCACAGCACUCCCUGGGCAAGAGACAACAGGCGGACACCAGCUAUUGGAUCUGAAAUUUAUCCAUUCUAGUCUGAGUAUGGUCCAGAAAAUCAUCGUACGGAGUUCAAGACAGACACUGGCCUCUGUUAAUGCAACGAUAUCUGCCGGUACAGAUCCAGAGUUGAGAAAUAUGAUUACUCAAAAAUUGAAAAAUGGGUAAUUUUCCCUCUGUGAUAUCAACAGCCUAAAUCUGAUUGUGGUUGCAUUUAUCGUACAGCGAGGGGGCUUAAUUGGAUAGCGAAGAUUCAAUGUGUUUGAGUUUGCUUUGUAAUUUGAAGAGCCUUUUGAUUGCCCCUUUCUAAUUGGAACAGCCUUUUGGAGGCGUUGAAUGUGAAUUGUUUUUGGCUGAUCCUAAUCCAGGGUGUAGGAGCCUGUGAUGAGACAGACAUUAAUUUCCCCCUUGCAAUUUCAACAGCUUCAAUCAGGCCAGGCUUUAUGAAAAAAAUGAAGGCUGGCUCUUUUUUUUUCCCUUCUUUUUUUUCCAAAAGCGGAUUGAUUCUUUCAUUUUCUCAGCUGUUUUGCUGAUGAAAAAUUGUAUCCGAAGGAGCCGUAACCCGUUCUACAUAGCUACAAUUUUGUUGGAAAAAAAUUAAAAGGCAAUAUAUUGACGAGAUGUUUGCUAAAAUGUAAUGUAUUUUAUGAAAAAAAUUUGUUAAAAGGCUGCGGGCGAAAAAGGAGGAUUUUUUUUUUUACUUGCCCUAAGGGAUUUCAGCUUUAUGAUGUAAACACUUUUGUCUGCAGUUGCAGAAUGCAGACAGGACUAUCGUAAAACUUAUAAAGCAGUGUUCAGUUUGCAAAGUCCUAGUAACACAAAUGAAAACUUUAUUUCAGUCGCCAACACCAUGCCAAUUACGAAGAUAACUAGGAUUUUAUAUUGAAACUUUUCAAAAUACUAAGAAAGAUUAAUAAAUAAUCUAAAGAAAGUUAUAUGACUGGAAAAGAUGUUUUCACGAACGAGCCGGAAGAUUCUUUCUUUUCGUUUCUCCCUUGAGUUUUUUGGGGAUUAAAAUCUGUCAUAAAUGUUCUUGGAAA